AUGCCUGAACAGAGGCAACGAAGAGAGGAGGCGGCGUCGUCCAGCUCUGGCUUUAAGGGCGCUUUGCAAGGCCUGGGAAUUUUCCUCCUUGUGCAAUUCGUGAUUGGUCGAUUCUUCAACAAGGACAAUGCAUCAUCCGAUGUCAGCGUCAGCCCAGCCUCGGGCAAGAUGCCUACCUUUGAGCAUCGCCCGGACCCCAGCGAAGUCGCCGAUCCUAGCAUUCUCCCGGAAAUCAUUGCUCCUAUCUGGGCUGCCGAUACUGCCCUCGACAUUAGCAUCUAUGUGACACCUUAUCUCUCGCUGCCCUCACUCAAGUCCCCGGAAACUGUCCUCGUUCUGCAGGAGAAGAAUUUCACCCUUGGAAACUACACUGAUACCCGUGAGAUUGAUACCACCAUCCAGGUACCGAAGCAGGUUCAGCAGAACGGUACACUCUGGGCGCAUUUCUUUGUGGCCCGCACGGGACAUGAACUUGAUCCUGCGGCCAAGGGCUACAGUAGCGACAAUGCUGUUCACUUCCAGCGACCCCUGAACCAGUACCUGGCCAAGAAGAAGGUCAAGAAGCUCAAGAACCUCUUGUCCGAUGACGGUGAGGUAGAGGAGGAGGAAGACAAUACCCCCAAAGUUUCAAUCUCUUCCUACUACCACCCUAACUUCACCGUCUCCUUGAUUCCCGAUUCUGGCACCCAGAAAUUUGCCCAGAUGCACCCUGCGGUCCGCCAGUAUGUCCAGCUGGAACGUACCAGUGCUCGCGAUAUUAGCGGCAAGAAUGGCUGGUACUAUCCUAUUGUGUUUCUGAAUACUUUCUGGCAGCUGCGCACUCACAUGACGGAGUUGAAUUCGACUGUUGAGAGUGUUCCUCUACGCAUCACUCUCAACAACAUGGCCAACUGGAAGUUUAGCAUUAUCACCAGCGUUGAUGAGGGCUCCAAGCAGAGUGCUCGACAGGCUGCCCACGGUGGUCCCGUUCCUGGUGGCGGUGAUGGUACUGAGUGGGAGAUGGUCAAGGAGAUCCUGCUCGAUACCAACAUCUAUCUCCUGUGCACCACUGGUGUGGUCACAAUUCUGCACAUGCUCUUCGAGACUCUGGCGUUCAAGAACGAUAUUUCUCACUGGCGCAAGAAGAAGGACAACGUCGGUACAUCUGUUCGCACGAUCUUGGCCAAUGUUUUCAUGCAGGCUGUCAUCUUUCUCUACCUCAUGGAUAACAGUGAAAACACCUCUUGGAUGAUUCUCGCUAGCCAGGGCUUCGGUAUUCUUUUAGAGGCUUGGAAGGUUACCAAGACUGUUGACGUUCGUCUGCGUCCCCCGCCGGCUGAUUCGUUCUUCUCGUUCCUGCCUUACGUCAUUGUCUUCGAGGACAAGCACAAGCUCUCCGAGACUGAGAAGAAGACCCAGGAGUAUGACGAGAUCGCUUUCCGUUACUUGUACAUCGUUGCAGUGCCUUUGCUCCUGGCAUACGCUGGUUACAGCCUGGUCUACAACACUCACAAGUCCUGGUACUCGUACAUCAUCGAGACUCUUGUUGGUAGUGUCUACGCCUACGGAUUCCUCAUGAUGGUUCCCAGCUUGUAUAUCAAUUACCGACUGAAGUCUGUUGCGCACAUGCCCGGCAAAGCCAUGGCCUACAAGUUCCUCAACACUUUCAUCGACGAUCUUUUCGCUUUUACGGUCAAAAUGCCUUGGUUGCACCGCCUGGCUACUCUUCGUGACGAUGUCAUCUUCUUUAUCUGGCUCUAUCAGGGCUGGAAAUACAAGGUUGACUUCAAGCGUGUCAACGAGUUCGGACAGGGCGGUGAUAGUGACGAGGAAGAGGAAGAGACGGCACCCGUCGUCGAGUCUGAGAAGCAGCCAGAGAUUGCCACUCAGACCUCUUCCAAGGUCGACUCAAAGUCGUCUAAGCCUGCCCGCAAGCGUAAAUGA